CACAGAUCAAAGAUGGAGGGGUAUAUCGGUGUGCAGCUAGGAACUCAGUUGGCAGUGCUGAAUACCAAGCGCGAAUAAACGGCAUCCAAGCAUCCGAGCAAUGAAGAAUGUUACAGCUGUGGCUGGCAGGGAUAGCUUUAUUAACUGUCGAGUCAUUGGUUACCCCUACUACUCCAUCAAGUGGUUGAAGGAUUCUGUUUUGUUGCCUGACAACCACCGGCAGGUGGUGUUUGAGAAUGGAACCCUGAAGCUGAUGGAGGUGCAGAAAGGGUUUGACGAAGGAGAGUAUGUUUGCAGCGUUCUGACUCAUCCACAGCUUUCCAUCAGCCAAAGUGUGCACAUUGCCGUGAAAGUUCCCCCCUUAAUUCAACCCUUUGAGUUCCCUCCUGCCUCUAUAGGGCAGCUGAUUUACAUCGCUUGUGUGGUAUCAGCAGGAGACAUGCCUAUCCGUAUCACCUGGAGGAAGGAUGGUCACGCAAUCAUGUCUGGGGCAGGCAUCACCAUUGAGGCCAAAGAGUUCAUGAGUUCUUUGAAGAUUUCUAGUGUGUCCCUGAAGGACAAUGGCAAUUACACCUGCAUUGCCAGCAAUGAUGCAGCCACUGUCAGCCGUGAAAGGCAGCUUAUUGUGAGAGUUCCACCUCGAUUUGUGGUUCAGCCCAAUAACCAAGAUGGGAUUUAUGGGAAAGCUGGAGUAUUGAACUGUUCUGUGGAUGGUUAUCCUCCUCCAAAUGUUAUGUGGAAGCAUGCAAGAGGGAAAGGGAAACCUCAGCAAUAUUACCCUGUCCCACUGACUGGCCGGAUACAAAUUCUGUCUAAUGGCUCCCUGCUGAUAAGGCAUGUUUUGGAAGAAGAUAUGGGUUACUAUCUUUGCCAGGCUAGCAACGGUGUUGGGACAGACAUCAGCAAGUCCAUGUUCUUAACUGUGAAAAUUCCAGCAAUGAUUACAUCUCACCCCAACACUACCAUGGCCAUCAAAGGGCAGACAAAGGAGCUAAGCUGCACCGCUCGAGGGCAACAUCCCAUCAUCAUUCGUUGGGAAAAGGGUGACACUGUCAUCGACCCUGAUAGGAACAUGAGGUAUUCCAUCACUACCAAGGACAUUGGUGAUGAAGUCAUCUCCACCCUCAAGUUGAAGCCAGCAGCUCGUGGGGAUUCUGUAUUCUUCUCUUGCCAUGCUAUUAACUCGUAUGGAGAGGACAGAGGACUGAUCCAGCUCACUGUUCAAGAACCGCCUGACCCACCAGAGCUAGAGAUUCGUGAUGUGAAAGCUCGUAGUAUGAACUUGCGUUGGACUCAGCACUUUGACGGAAACAGCAUAAUCACUGGCUUUGAUAUUGAAUAUAAAAACAAAUCAGACACAUGGGACUUCAAGCAGUCUACACGAAAUAUCUCUCCCACUAUAAACCAGGCUAACAUUGUGGAUUUGCACCCUGCAUCUGUGUACAGUAUUCGGAUGUACUCUUUUAACAAGAUUGGACGGAGUGAGCCCAGCAAAGAACUCACCAUCAGUACAGAAGAGGCAGCACCAGAUGGCCCUCCCAUAGAAGUUACUCUUCUGCCCAUGACAUCACAAAGCAUAAGGGUCACGUGGAAGGCGCCAAAAAAGGAACUCCAGAAUGGGGUGAUCCGUGGCUAUCAGAUCGGAUACCGGGAGAAUGGACCAGGUAGCAGUGGGCAGUAUAGCAUUGUGGAAAUGAAAGCCACAGGAGACAGUGAAGUAUACACUCUGGACAACUUGAAAAAGUUUGCACAAUAUGGUGUAGUUGUGCAGGCAUUCAACCGAGCUGGCACAGGGCCUUCCUCCAGUGAAAUCAAUGCAACUACACUGGAAGAUGUCCCCAGCCAGCCACCUGAAAACAUCAGGGCUAUGUCCAUCACAUCAGAUGUGGCGGUGAUUUCCUGGUCAGAACCUCCUCGUAGCACUUUGAAUGGUGUAUUGAAGGGCUAUCGUGUGAUCUUCUGGUCCAUUUAUGCAGAUGGAGAAUGGGGAGAAAUACAGAAUAUUACAACAGCUCGAGAACGUGUUGAGCUGAAGGGUUUGGAGAAGUUCACCAACUACAGUGUACAAGUGCUGGCAUACACUCAAGCUGGAGAUGGGGCUCGGAGCAGUGUCCUCUAUAUUCAGACCAAGGAAGACAUUCCAGGUCCUCCAGCAGGCAUCAAAGCUGUUCCAUCUUCAGCAAGCAGCGUGGUUGUUUCCUGGCUUCCACCCAACAAGCCUAAUGGCAUCAUCAGAAAAUAUACCAUCUUUUGUGCUAGCCCAGGAUCUGGGCAUCCUGCUCCCAGUGAAUAUGAAACCAGUCCAGAGCUGCUGUUUUACCGUAUUGCCCACCUUAACCGAGGUCAGCAAUAUCUGCUGUGGGUGGCAGCAGUAACCACUGCAGGAAGAGGAAAUGUCAGUGAAAAGGUCAUUGUGGAACCAGUUGCAAAAGCACCAGCAAAAAUAAUUUCCUUUGGAGGGACUGUGACAACCCCAUGGAUGCGGGAUGUCAGGUUAGCAUGCAAUUCAGUGGGAGAACCAGCACCUACAAUGAAAUGGACAAAGGACAGUGAAGAUUCUCCAAUCCCUGUGACAGUGGAUGGCCAUAGAAAUCUUCAACCAAAUGGCACUCUGGUUUUGCGUUCUGUAAAGGCUGAAGAUUCUGGGUACUAUACCUGUACAGCAACCAAUACUUGGGGAUUCGAUACUAUAAUUGUCAACCUUGUAGUGCAAGUUCCACCAGACCAGCCACGGCUAACUGUGUCCAAAACUUCAGCUUCAUCCAUAACCCUUGCUUGGAUUCCUGGUGACAACGGUGGGAGUUCCAUUCGAGGAUUUGUGCUGCAAUACUCUGUAGAUAACAGUGAGGAGUGGAAGGAUGUCUUCAUCAGUUCCAGUGAACGGUCCUUCAAACUGGACAACCUGAAGUGUGGAACGUGGUACAAGGUCAAGUUGGCAGCCAAGAAUAGCGUUGGUGCAGGCAGAAUUAGUGAGAUCAUUGAAGCAAAGACUCAUGGACGAGAGCCUGUCUUUAGUAGAGAUCAGCACCUAUUCACUCACAUUAACUCGACUCAUGCCAAGCUGAACCUGCAGGGGUGGAGCAGUGGUGGUUGUGUGAUCAACACCAUCACACUAGAGUACCGACCAAAGGGGCACUGGGUCUGGCAGGUGGUGAAGGCCAACAACUCCAAUGAAGUCUUCCUGCAGGAUUUACGUGAGGCAACGUGGUAUGAACUGAAGAUGCGUGCUUGCAAUAGUGCUGGGUGUGGCAACGAGACUACACAGUUUGCCACACUGGACUAUGACGGGAGUACUAUCCCUCCCAUCAAAUCAGUUAAGGGAGAUGGGGAUGAUGUUAAGAAGUUAUUUACAAUAGCCUGUCCAGUGAUCCUGGCAACCUUAGGAGUAGCCCUGCUCUUUGUGAUUCGCAAGAAACGAAAAGAAAAGAGAUUGAAAAGACUCAGAGAUGCAAAGAGUCUAGCUGAAAUGCUAAUCAGCAAAAACAAUCGCAGCUUUGACACCCCUGUUAAAGGACCACCUCAGGGACCCCGUUUACACAUCGACAUUCCAAGAGUUCAGCUUCUCGUUGAAGAUAAAGAAGGUAUUAAACAACUUGGUGAUGAUAAAGCUACAAUACCUGUGACGGACCCAGACUUCAGUCAGACAGUGACUGCACAGACAUUCUGCAGUGGCGUAUCAAUACAUCAUCCAGCUUUAGCGCAGAACACAGGGCCAUUGAUAGACAUGUCUGACAUCAGGCCAGGAACCAAUCCAGUCUCCAGGAAGAGUGUAAAAUCAGCACAUAGCAGCAGGAAUAGAUACUCUAGCCAAUGGACGCUUACCAAAUGCCAGGCUUCAACCCCAGCAAGGACAUUGACUUCUGACUGGCGAACUGUUGGAUCUCAGCAUGGAAUUACAGUAACAGAAAGUGACAGCUACAGUGCCAGCCUAUCUCAGGACACAGACAAAGGACGUAACAGCAUGGUCUCGACAGAGAGUGCCUCCUCCACAUAUGAGGAGUUAGCUAGAGCGUACGAGCAUGCCAAACUAGAGGAACAGUUGCAGCAUGCCAAGUUUGAGAUCACAGAGUGCUUCAUCUCUGACAGUUCUUCAGACCAGAUGACUACUGGAACCAAUGAGAAUGCAGACAGUAUGACAUCAGUUAGUACACCAUCAGAGCCAGGGAUCUGCAGAUUUACUGCAUCACCUCCAAAACCACAAGAUGUUGACAGGGGGAAAAAUGUAGCAGUACCCAUCCCCCACAGGGCUAACAAAAGUGACUAUUGCAAUGUCUCCUUAUAUAUGAAGUCAGAGGCAUUCUUUCGCAAGCCUGACGUUCAUGACCCAUGUCCUGUGGUCCCUCCGAGGGAAGCAUCCAUCCGGAAUCUGGCCAGGGCCUACCAUGCACAAGCCCGGCACAUGACAUUGGAUCCAGGCAGCAAACCACCAGGUGUGCAACACCCAGGGUCAUCAACAGCAACUUUACCUCAAAGAACUCUAACUAUGCCAGGUUCAGCAGCUUCCACUGGUGCUACUGCUGCAGCUGCUGCAAAUGCUGCAGCUUCAGCUGCUGCUGCAGCAGCAGCUGCUAGUACUACUUCCACCACCACCAGUGCUGAGCCACGGAUUACAGCACACAGUAAAACUGGAGGUUCAAGAGACUCCUUAUUAGAAAUGAGCUCCUCUGGGACAGGAAGGGCUCAGAAGCAGGGAACUGGAGCAUAUUCAAAAUCCUACACCUUAGUUUAGGAAAUGAAAAUUCCCCUAUUCUCUUUUAUUCCUCAGCAUUAUUUAUAUAUUUAAAAGACUCUUGUAUAUAAUAAACUCUUUUGUAUAAAUAAAAACUAUUUUCUUCUUCUUCAGAGCUUAAAAAAAAAUAAGAGAGUAAGGGAAAGCCAGUGCACAGAUUUGAUGUUAUAGAUUAAAAAAAUAAAUAAAUAUAUGUUUCACAUUGCUUUUGAGUGGGAGCAGGCACAGAGAAAAUAUUUUGUUUUGUUCCUUUUUCCUAAAUUUUGAUGGUGAUUGUUUUAAAACCAACCUUCUCAGACACCGCAUGCUGUUUUGCUGUUUAAAAUACUAACAGAACUAAGAAAAGGAGAAACUCUUGUACUAAGGCACACUUUAAAAAAGCUGUUUAAAGAUACAUCUAGAUUUCUUUAAUGAUUUUUUUUUUGCAGUUGCCUUUUGGAUUUUGAAUUAUUGAAGGUAUUCUUUCUAUCUCAUGGCAUGUGUGCUGCCAUUGUUAAGGCAUAGUAUGAUGUCAUAAUCUUGCAUCUGUGCUACCAUUAUUGUGCCCUUUUUACACAGAUGUUUGAUUAUGAUGUCAGCGCAUGGUGCUCAUCAGUACUACAUAUCUUAAGCUGUUACACCACAGAUGGCAAAACAUAACAUACAGAACAGUGACAGAGAAGGGUGUUUGGAACACUUUAGGAAUGUGAGAUUUUUAAGUUUAGAAUAUUUUGUUCAUAAAAUACUUGAUUAAAAACAAUUUCUAAAUAA